CCCCGCGUGCUGGACGCAGGGGGAGCGCUUCCUAAGAGUCAUCACCCAGCUGCCAUCCGGACCAGGCUUGCCGGACAGUCGGAGCCCCGACGGCCCGGGGGCCAUAAGAGUAGUAGGACUCAGGCGGCUCGCAAGGCCGGGCCAUGGCGCUCGACUUCCUGGCUGGAUGCGCUGGAGGUGUGGCAGGUGUGCUAGUGGGACACCCUUUUGACACAGUCAAGGUGCGGCUGCAGGUACAGAACACGGAGAAGCCCCAGUACCGAGGGACGCUGCACUGCUUCCAGUCCAUCAUCAAGCAGGAGAGUGUGCUGGGCCUGUAUAAAGGUCUGGGCUCGCCACUAAUGGGGCUCACCUUUAUCAAUGCGCUGGUGUUUGGGGUGCAAGGCAACACCCUUCGGGCCCUGGGCCAAGACUCACCACUCAAUCAGUUCCUGGCUGGAGCAGCAGCAGGCGCCAUUCAGUGUGUCAUCUGUUGCCCCAUGGAACUGGCCAAGACAAGGCUGCAGGUGCAGGACGUGGGCCCCGCUCGAACCUACAAGGGCUCCCUGGACUGCCUGGUACAGAUUUACCGGCACGAGGGCCUGCGUGGCAUCAAUCGAGGCAUGGUGUCCACACUUCUGCGCGAGACACCUAGCUUUGGCGUCUACUUUCUCACCUACGAUGUACUGACGCGCGCCAUGGGCUGCGAGCCAGAUGACCGCCUGCUGGUGCCCAAGCUGCUGCUGGCUGGGGGCACAUCAGGCAUCACCUCCUGGCUCUCCACCUAUCCUAUGGACGUGGUUAAGUCACGACUGCAAGCCGAUGGGCUGCAAGGAGCCCCUCGCUACCAUGGCAUCGUCGACUGUAUGCGGCAGAGCUACCAGGCUGAGGGCUGGCGAGUCUUCACACGAGGACUGGCCUCCACGCUGUUACGUGCUUUUCCCGUCAAUGCUGCCACCUUUGCCACAGUCACUGUGGUGCUUACAUAUACCCGGGGUGAGGAGGCCCAGCUAGACAGUGAGGCAGUUUCGGGCACCUCUGCCACCCCUGCUGGGCCUGCUCUGGCCCAGCCUUCCAGACUGUGAUGCUGUCUCUCCCAACAACUUCCCUAGGGCUACUUGGCUGAAACCUGACACAGAUAAUGUGGCUCCUCAGCCAGUCUCCUUGCUCCUUGGCUGGCGAUACUAGCCAGCCUAUACCCUGCUGACCUUCAAUUUUCUUAGCUGUAAAAUGGGGACUCUUCAUACAUGGUACAUUCAAGAAGGUCAAGCCUGGUUAAGUCUACACUCUGCAGACAGCACUGCCAGUGAGAAUUCCUCAAGCCCUACACUCCAGGGCUCUCUCCUGAUCCGACUAUAAUAAGCUGGCCAAGGACCCACCCAUUCCCCAGAUCCUCCAUCCACAGAGUCCCAGGAAGAUACUUGGCCAGCUCUCACGGGUAGGGGCAGCGGAUAGUGUAGAGUGCUCCUCGUGCUUCUGAGCUGCUGCCCUUGAACUGCAGAUGGGGUCUGGGGUGCUGGCAGCAAGUCUGUUGAGGAUCCUUCCCAUGCAUGGGGAGCAGGCAGGCCACUGCCUCAGUGUCUCCACAGUGAAACUGUGUGACAGCUGUGGCAAGAGGAAAUCUCAUGCCUGGACUUCUAGUUACCUGUCUGCAACAUGGGGACCUGGGUCAGCCAUGUCUGCCUCACUACUGCCAGCCAGGAUUCCCAAUAGUGGGUAGGCAGAGGGCCCAGAAGAACACAGUGUGGGUUGCCCCACUUCCCAGUGCCCAUGUCCCUGGUCUUGGCAGCAGGUACAGUAGAGCCAAUUUGGGUGUCUCUCCAGCAGCCUGUCACUGUUGGACAGGACCCUCUAAAGGAAUAAAGUCUUGUUUUCUAA